UAUGCACUCACUAAAACAGUUUUUGGGAAAAUUUUUUACUGUAAUUAGGAAAAAGGAAAACAAUAAUUAUUGGAGUAAUUUUAGGAAAUUAACUCUUUAAUUGAGUUUUUAACGAUUUCUUAAUAGUUGGUCAAUUUUAUUUUAAAACGAACUCUAAUGCAUUUAAUGAGGAGAUCUCCUUAUAUUUGACCUGACUUAAACUUAUAAAAAUAAAAAUGCAAGAAUAUUUCAGAGUAUUUGAUUUUUUAUUAUUUUACUGUUAUUUUGUUACUCUGUAAUAAUUCUGAAAUUUAAAUAAAAAUCCGGUUUCUGCCAGCAGAGGACUCUGUUUUCUGUUUUCCUCUUCUCCAUCACAGCCGUGCGUGUGCGCGCGCGUUCCUCCACAGCCCUCGGGCGCUGCAGCUGCUCGCGCACGCGCGGCGCUGGUGAUGGAUCUGCAGGAAUGCUGCUGAGUUUCUCCUGAACUUUUCCCGGUCGGAGGCGGACAUGGAGGCGGCGGGCGGUAGCCGGCUGUCGGACGAGGAGCUGCUGCUGCGGCGGAAGGAGGACCUGAUCCAGAUGCUGAGGAGUCUGGAGAACCGCAACGUGGACCUGAUGCUGGAGCAGGGCAAUCUGAUGAAAGACGUAAACCGGAGCCUGCAGGUCCACCUCCACGAGAUCCGGAGCCUGAAGGAGGUCAACCAGAGGCUGCAGGAGGACAACCAGGAGCUGCGGGAGCUCUGCUGCUUCCUGGACGACGACCGGCAGAAGGGCCGGAAGAUGUGCCGGGAGUGGCAGCGCUUUGGCCGCUACACGGCCGGCGUCCUGUGGAGGGACGUGGGGCUGUACCAGCAGAAGCUGACGGAGCUGGAGGCCGGCCAGGAGGCGCUGAGGGCGGAGAACGCGGAGCUGAAGGAGAUCGUGCUCAUGCUGGACGAGGAGCGCGGCGGGGCCGGAUCCCGGAGCUCCAUCGACAGCCAGUCCAGCCUGAGCGGCGCGGUGCCCCCGCGGGACGGCGGGGACGGGAGCAGCGCGUCCAGCACCGGGAGCGGGGGGAGUCCCGACCACCACCCGAACCUGCUGAAGCCGAGCGAGGGGGGCAGGUGGUGCGCGGAUGACCUUUCUGUUGGAGCUAGCUUACCGUCUCAGAGUACUGGAUUGGGGAUGGAACCCUCCAUGCACGGUAAAGAAAGAACGUUUUCUUUUCAUUCAGAUGUGUACAUGAGAGAGCUGCAGGACAGAGUGAGGUUGUUGGAGGAGCAAAACCAGCAGCUGCUGUCACAGAAAGCCGUGCGGAUCCAGAGUGGAAAACUGUCUCCCACUGGGCCCUAUCACCCCCCAGGGCAGAAGCCUGAGGCAGUUGUUCAUGCAAUGAAGGUGCUGGAGGUGCAGGAGAAGAUGGACUGGCAGGGCUCCAUGGAAUGCGAUGAGAACCUCAGUGAGAAGGAGAAGGCCAUCGUCAGGGAGAUGUGCAACGUGGUUUGGAGAAAGCUGGGUGAUUCCACCGGAUCAAAGGUGUCUGUCCGCCAGACGCUGCCAGGAAACCCGUUCAAGGGGCUGCAUCCGUAGAAACAGAUGUCAGGACCCACACAUUUGUUUCCUCAAACAAAACUUUUACUCCGUUAGAUGAACAUUGACUCUGACUCCCCCCAUGUGCAGUCUGCAAUGCAUGCUGGGUAUUUAGAGGAGCCAGACUUCUGACUUCUGUUCUGAAGGGUUGUGUAAGUUCUGUGAAACUAUUAGACUGUUUAGCACAAGCAUGCGACAAGUCAUGUGACUUAGAUUUUUCCAUCAAAUGAUCACAGCAAAACUGGUCCACCCCAACGACAACACACAAGGGGGGGCAGAGCGGGUCAUUUAAGCCCCCUACCAUGACUCAGUUCACGUAAAGGACAGCAGAGCCACAAAGAGGACGGAUGGUUGAAGGAGGAGCCAAGGAGCAUUUCCUGUCUCACAUUUUCACAUCUCUUUCUAGCAGACUGGAGUUCCAUUACACCCCCCCCCCCUCCACGACAAGAAGCAAAACAUUACGACUGAUGUGAUGAUCACUGGAUUGUUGACAAUUGCAUCACCUCUUAUGGCAUCUAGUUUUGACCAAGUCCCCCAAUGACAUAUUUUGAUAAAAAAACCAUUCCCAGUAGUGUUUUAAUUAUGAUUAUGAAGUUUUUAACCAAAAUCCACAAACUUAAAAGUCUUAGAAAGCCAUUUUUCUUGUUGAUCUAAAGCCUAUGUUUCCAAAAUCUCCUCUGAGGGGGCGUGGCUUUUGGAGCUCCGCCCCUAAUCAUGAACAUGCUCAAACACUCUCUGGUCAUUUUACCAGACAGUAAAAUUCCCAGAAAGGUUGUCUCAUCAUGUGAGCAUCAGUGAAGACGAGCAUCGUCUGCCUCUGAACUCUCACUGCCCUCGUUUGCUGCCUGUUUUCUUCAUAUUUAGCAUCAGUGUCUGAGUUUUUGCUCUUAUUAGGAGUUGCUGAGAGACAUUGUAUGUUUUGAUCGGUGUAGCUCAGGAUGUUCUUCAGCAGUAAAGUAUGUAAAAGAGUUUUAGAUCCAACAAGAAUUAAAGUUUAUUUUGUAAACCUGA